AUGAGAAUCUUCAGAAGAGGAUGGUACACAGUUCACGCGGUAUUCUGCGUGCAUUUCACAGUUACGAUUGCUCGAAGCGACAAUCUACAUCCAGAUAAUUGGAAAACAGACGAGACGAGGCAACCUUUCACGGAAAUAGUUGAUGAUGAACCAUCCGUUGAAAUGAACUUCCAGAAGAAACUGAUCCCCAUAAAGGAACCUCGAAAGAAUCUUCGAAUAUUUGCACUGCCUUUGGAACCGGAUGCUGAAAUGUUGCCCCUCUAUUAUACGAGUGUCAAACCUCCUGGAGUCGAUCAUAUGGAACUGAAAUACGCCGAAUCCCAAGUUUCUCAAGUUGUGCCUAAAGUCGAAAAGGCUGAUGAUAUUAGACAAGUGGUCAAGAAGUCGAAAAGUAGAGAGGGUAACGAAGAAGGAUAUCGUGAAGUAUCUUCGUUUGAGAAGGGCCAGAAAGGGGAUAGUUUGAGGAAGAAGAAGAGGACUCAGCGCGUUGAAACUGGUGGAAAGAAAAAGGUUCAGCAUAAUCGAGGAAACAAUUCGGGGCAAAAAAUAAAACGGAUUAAAGGUAAGAAAGGAGGUAAUUAUCGGGUGAAAAGCAAUGAUCACGUGAAUUGUAAAGCGACUGGUUACUUAAACGUUUAUCACAAAGACGAAUACAAGAGAGAUCAUGAUUUUUACGACAACGAUGAUCAGGGAGGUCAUUCGAAGAAACAUGGACGAUAUAACGAGAAGCAUGUCGCCAUCGAGGGUAGAUACAAGAAGGGUGGUGCUCACGAUUCUGAUGAUGUCGAUGAAGCGAAACAUCAGAAGCAGAGGAACUCCCAGGAUAAACCGUUUUUUAGAACUCGUUUAGCUCUACCACCCGAUUACGAGAACGUAGUAGAUUUUAUGUGCGAAGCGUACUACAAAUAUGAACCCUUAAUCAUUAACAUCGGUCUGGCGGGCACAGAAGCGCCACCUAUCUGGAGAACUAUGAUGUUUGAUCAAGUAAAAGGGGGAUACUCGAUUAUUGCCGAGGAUCGUGACAAUUGCAUUAUUGGCGCUGCCUUAAAUUGCGUGGUGGAUUCUAGCGAUGCAGAAAAAAUGUAUUGUUUAGCAAAAUGUUGCGCGGAAGGUCCGAUGCGCGAUCUCAUCGAAUUUUUCGGCUUCGUUUCGGAGGCGCCCAAACUUUGGGAACGAUUUUGCAUUAUGACAGUCUUUGAACAAGCUAGUCUAGCAGUAAGGAAAGAUUUUCAAUCAUUGGGGAUCGGAAAAAGACUGAUCCAGGAGAGUUGGCACUUGGCACGCGAUUGUGGUUUCCGGUUAUUCAGGAUGGAUUGUAACAACAGUUUUUGUUCAAGAAUAUGUCAAGGGUAUCGGUGGGAAAUGAUUUGGCAUAUACCAUUCAGUCAAUACACGAGAAACGGUAAGGUUGUAUUUAAAUGCGUGAAGGAGCCGCAUACGGUGUGCCGAGUGUUUAUCGAUCGAUUACAAUAUUGUAAAACUUACUGCCCUCCUUAUAAAGAAUGUAAAUCACCUAUACCUCCUCCAGAGAAGUUUUAA